UGUGAGAGCUAUGAAAUCAACAAGAGAGAGACUGGUUUCAAACGGUACUGAAUGAGAUAGUCUAUGCUAUUCUCUCUAGGGGGGGAGUUGGCAUUUCUACAAAACUAAUCAAGGCUGCAGCGGGAUGUAAAUCGUUGCUCUGGUUUACAAAAGAGCGGAUUGUGAUGGCGGGGCUGAGGCUCAAUAAACAGCUUGUGUCUUGGCGGUUGUGAGCAGGUGUACGCUACUGGAUACAUUCAAAGGCAAUUCUCAGUGUUAAUGAAACUUUGCUACGAUUUACGGGCUGGGAUUACUGUACACCAUGCUAAGGUAAAGCCGCUGAAGAGAGGGGUGUUGAACAUGCUAAAGCGGCUGGACAAAAUCAGGUUCAGAGGUCAGAAGCGAGACGACUUCCUGGAUCUAGCAGAGUCCCCCAACGGAUCCGACAAUGAAUGUGGCGAUGACAUCCUGCUGAGGACGAGGCCUUCACUCAAGACGCAAGACACGGAAGAGCUAGGAGACCCUGCGGGUUCGGGGGCUCUCAACAUGGCUGCAGCCUUUCAAGACUUCCAGAGGAGCGAGUCGGACCGGCUAAACGAGGUGAAGGGUCAUCUGGAGAUUGCCUUGCUGGAGAAACACUUCCUACAAGAGGAGUUGAGGAAGCUACGAGAGGAAACGAAUGUGGAGAAGAUAAAGGAAGAGCUGGAGAGAGAGAGGGGGAAGAGGCUCGACCUCGAACUGAGGAUGAACGAGGUGCUGAAAUCCAGGUUGGAAGACUCGCCGCCACAGCCUGCCCGUAAACCCCCGUCUCCGACGCCUGCUGCCAAUGGCAAAGACACCGACAAAGAGAAGCCGCCGCAGGGGGAGACCCUGUACUUGCGGGCGUGGAGGUGGCUCUACGACAGGGUGGGGGUCUACAUAGAAGACUUCCGCUUCGUCCCGGAGGAGAACACUGUGGAGGCUGAGGAACCGCUAAGCGCUAAAAGGCUAACAGAAAACAUGAGGCGACUCAAGCGAGGAGCCAGACCUGUCACUAACUUCAUGAGGAACCUCUCAGCCUUAUCCAACUGGCACUCAGUAUACACCUCAGCCAUUUCCUUCAUAAUCUACAUGAAUGCUGCGUGGCAUGGCUGGGCCAUCCCCAUGUUCCUCUUCUUGGCCAUCCUGAGGCUCUCCUUGAAUUACCUCAUUGCUAAAGGUUGGAGGAUUCAGUGGAGCAUUGUGCCGGAUAUUACGGAUCCUAUAGAGCCGUCAAAGGAUGAUUUGACUGUGUCUGAAAAGUUCCAGUUGGUGCUUGAUGUUGCACAAAAAGCCCAGAACCUUUUUGGUAAGAUGGCGGAUGUUUUGGAGAAAAUAAAGAACCUGUUCAUGUGGGUGCAGCCUGAGAUCACUCAGAAGCUCUACAUCAGCCUGUGGGUUACCUUUCUCUCCUCCUGCAUACUGCCCUAUAAACUCGUGGGCUUCAUGAUUGGGCUGUAUGCAGGGAUCAAGUUCUUCAUCAUAGACUUCUUGUUUAAGAGCUGUCCCAAGCUGAGGGACAAAUAUGACACACCUCACAUCGACUGGAACAACCUACCAACUGAUCCACAGUUGAAGGAGAGGACCAACGCCACAAUGUCUCGACGGAUUCAGCCUGUGGUGGCUAGAGGUAGCCUAGCAACCGUCCCGUGCGGUGUAAACCUGGAUGCUGACAGCGCCAGGAUUCAUAGCACCAAGAAGGGAGCCUUUCAUGAGAUCUUCAACGUCUCAGAGAAUGAGCGCCCUCUACCAGUGUGUGAGAAUGGGUGGCGGUGCUGCCUCAUCAACAGAGACCGGAAGAUGCCAACGGACUACAUACGAAACGGCAUGCUCUAUGUUACAGAGAAUUAUCUGUGCUUCGAGAGUUCCAGUUCCAAAUCGGCCUCCUCCAAGAAGAAUAAGGUUAUUAAGCUGGUGGACAUCACAGAUAUCCAGAAGUACAAAGUGCUGUCUGUCUUACCUGGGUCAGGAAUGGGAAUCUCCAUAGCCACUCCCUCCACACAGAAGCCUCUGGUGUUCGGUGCCAUGAUCCAUCGAGACGAGGCCUUCGAGGCGAUCUUCACCCAGUACAUGAAGAUCACAACCACCUCCAGACAACCCUUGGGCAGCCCUGAGCUGUAGCCCUGAGCUGUAGCCCUGCUAUCCCCAUGGAAAGAGGCCUGGGCUGGGGUCAGGGCUGGGCCACCUACCCCUGAACCCUCCCUGGCUGGAGAAAAGACAAUUGGGGGAAGUGAUGGGACACACCUCUUCUCCUCCCUCUCUUAUUUACAGUGACUGGACAAUCUUCUUUUAUGACUGAGAGGUGUCUGGUGUGCGCGCGCCCGUCUGUCUGGUGCGCCCGUCUGUCUGGUGCGCCCGUCUGUCUGGCGCGCGCGCACCCGUCUGUCUGGUGCGUCCGUCUGUCUGGUGCGCCCGUCUGUCUGGCGCGUGCGCGCCCGUCUGUCUGGUGCGCCCGUCUGUCUGGUGCGCCCGUCUGUCUGGCGCGCGCGCACCCGUCUGUCUGGUGCGUCCGUCUGUCUGGUGCGCCCGUCUGUCUGGCGCGUGCGCGCUCGUCUGUCUGUCUGGUGCGCGCGUGUGUGUGUGGAGGUGGGACUUAUAGUCCAAUAGGGAUGGUGAACACAUUCCAAUAGGGAUGGUGAACACAUUCCAAUAGGGAUGGUGAACACAUUCCAAUAGGGAUGGUGAACACAUUCCAAUAGGGAUGGUGAACACAUUCCAAUAGGGAUGGUGAACACAUUCCAAUAGGGAUGGUGAACACAUUCCAAUAGGGAUGGUGAACACAUUCCAAUAGGGAUGGUGAACACAUUCCAAUAGGGAUGGUGAACACUGUCGGAAGAAGGAUGAUGGGGGGGGGGGGGUCAUUAUUUUUAACACAGACAUCUCAUCAUAGGAGAAGGAGCUGGCUCUCCUGCCUGCCUGCCUGCCUGCCUGCCUGACUGCCAGCUUUCAUUCGCUUCAGAGAGACGCGUGUGUGUGUGUGUGUGUGUGUGUGUGUGAGAGCUGCCAAGACAUCGUGCGUCUCUACUCACCUGUCUUCUCUCUUUCUCGUGAAGUCCGAGUCAGUGUAACUGUUACUGCUGGUCUUGCACGGAACCGUACAAGACAGUACGCUGUACGGUAGCUAGAUGUUUGUGUUGGAAACAAAAAGCUGUGAACAUCGAGCUAACGUCGGCACAACGUUCAACAUGACAAGAAGCCUUUUCCAUCAGUUUCCAUCGUUGCUAUAGGUUUUCCUUGGAGACACUCACGCACAGUUCAGCAACCAGCCGUUUGCUUUCAGAUGUCUUUUUGCAUAUGACGUGUAUGUGUUAUACAGUCAACACUCACUGCUGAACUGUACUGUGUGUCACGUACAGUAGUGGGGACCUUGGCGAUGAUGUUCAUUGUGAAAUGUUUUCAAAUGCCUUUCUUUUGAAUUCCGCUUAUUUUUGUAAUAACCAAUGGAAUGAUGAGGAACUGGACUUAGUUAAAGUAGGUCCUUCUAUCUGUGGAUUGUGUUAUGAAGCUAAAGCACGACAGACCUAAACCCUGAAUAAUGUGUCGAAACUGAAGGUACGUCGUUUAAAUGUAACAAAGCUGGUUCAGUGAACUACACUUGUGUGCCGAGUAACCCUGAGGCCUAAAGAUGAGUUAAUGCCUUGGCUUUAGCCUAGUAGGCUAACACAUUCUUAAGUACUGUAGGUCACAUAAACAUACUAAUGGUCUCAAGGCCCAGUACCUGUUACUUCAGUAUUUAGUGACAUGUUAUGGUAUAGUAAUACUAUGGUAGUUUUUACAGUAAUACCACUAAUACCGACCUGUAGUAUUAACACUGGAGUGGUCAGAUGUGUACAAUGUGCUGUCCUGUUCAGAAGUAAUUUAACUUGGUUAACUUGACUAGUAACUAGUUAAUUCGUCCAGGAGUUCUCAGUAUUUCAAUGUAAGUCGAGGCAGUCAACUGGCCUGGUUCUCUAGUAUUCAUUCACAGCAGGAUGAAGAAGAAAUUUGAACAGAAUAUUUCCAAUGUCACUUUAUUAUUGUCACAGUUGUGGAUUUAAAAGCUGGUCUUUUAUUUCUCAAGAUAGGUUUGAUAUGUCGAAUUGUGAUGAAUGCCAAACCAAGUGGAUGUGGACACUUUGUGUUUUUGUAAAAUGUCUGGAAGAGUUAUUGUGGAGAUCGGGGCUUAUUUCUGGUCUAUCGUUUGCUUCAAAUGAGAGGGUAGAUUAUACUAUGCUCUCAGAUCCUUUUUGCCUCAGCACAACAAGCUAGUCCCCUAAAAAAGCAUUCAUCUUCCCACACUGUUAACAAGCCCGUAUAAACUGUGUCAGUUGUUGUCUUAUGACUGGAUACGAAAUGUCAUUUCUAUAGGUUGUCUAUUGUCUAAGGAACUCAUGCUGUUAGUGUGUUGAUUGAAUGAUUCUCUGACUUUACGUUAGUGUAGUCUUAAUGCUUACCUGCAGCCUUUCUUAGUCGAGUGGUAACUAACUUUGAAAUCUGCAAUCAGGGUCUGUCCUAAAAGAAGCACACAGAAUGUAUUGUGUUACUGCUGUAAACUCCUAGUUUAUUUCUUGUUGUUGCCAAAAUGUUAUUUUUUUUCUCUUUCUUUUACUGCUGCCAUGCUCUGCCUACACCUACAUGUUUACUGAAGGUUGGGUUAAAAACCUGAAUUAAUUUCUUGUUUUUCUUUUUGUUUGGAAUGCCGGUUUGAGCUCCUUGUCACAGGUGGAGUUAUGAAGACUGGACAGAUAUCUUCCUUUUGCGUUUUGAAUUACUGUGUCAACUGUCAGCUUUUUAAAUCUGCUCAGACUGGUCUCAGGACAACCUCUGCUGCUCACCUUCAUCCCAACAGCAAAUGUAACCCUGAUCCCUGAUCUGUUUGUAAUACUAUAAUAGCUCAAGCUAAAGUUUAGCUCUUCUGUUGAGUUAGUUGUCAUAGCAUAUACUGUACAUGUACUGAGUAGCAUGGUAAUGAAAGUCCGAGGAGUUGGAUCAAGCAUAUAGUGACAGACCCUGGGACCAGGCUAACAGUAGGUAGACGGUGACAUCCGAGAACAUUCUAGUCAGAUUAUAUUCACGCUGCAACAAAAAAAAAUGUCACAGUGAUCGUUCAUAGGUAGUGCAGUGCAGUACAUGGUACAAUCACGAUAAUCUUUUUAGACGUUUUUGGAUCACUCACAGGCCUUCCUUACAGACAGCAGAGGUCAUCAUGGUGACUCAGAGCUGCCGUUCACUGGUUUCUACUCUGGUUUCUAUUGAUCUCCUUCUGUGUGUCUCUCAUUGUGUUAACCAAGUAUUAGUUCUAACUAAAUGUAAAUGUUAGUCAAUUACUUCAUGAUAUUCCCAUACAGUAUAUCACUGCGAAGUUCAAUAUACUGCAAUCAUCUGACAGUUGUGGGUAAUUAUGUCAUCUGUGUGUCCAAGGACUAAAAUGACGAAAGAGGAAUUUCUAUACAAUAACGUAAUCCUUUGCGUUUUUAAAGAAGACAAUGUCUAUUGUAAAAUAUGUGAUGUACAUUUUUUUUAUUUAAAUAAAAUGAAGUAUUUCCCA